AUGGCUUCACAAACCUCGUAUUCUAUUCGUAUCCUUGUCUUGUCUCUCAUCACCCUAAUUUUAUCAUAUGUUCUGCGAGACAAUAUAAAUGAACUUUUCUACCCUCAACUCACUGUCACAAUCAAAAACGAUUCCGUAGCAGACGUUCUAAUCAUCGGCGGAUCUCACGCUGGUCUUUCUGCCGCUCUAACACUCGCGCGCCACCAAAUUGACGUCUUAAUAUUCGAUUCAAAUGCUCCUCGCAACAAAUGGAAAACACCCACACACGUGCUCCCAACAUGGGAAAAUCAAAGCCCGGACGAACUGAGACGGGUUAGCCGAAAGGAACUGAGUAAGACAGGCCUCGCAAGAUUCGUCAAUGCACAGAUUACCACUAUCAAGAAACCAGGGCUCAAUAGGACUUUCUUCGAAGUGGGUGACGCCUACGGAAAGUCGUGGAGAGGAAGAAAGUUACUCUUGGCGAUGGGUGUCGAAUUUGUCUUUCCCGAGAUCAAGGGCUACGAGGAAAACUUUCCCGACCGAAUACUCCAUUGCUUAUUUACUCGUGGCCUGGAAUUUAAGGGUAGCAGUUCGGCCGGUCUACUUGCCAUGGGUCUUGCAGGUACUCCAUACCAUGCCGCGAUGUUAGUGGAAGAUGCGCAGAAAUUUGCCGAUAGAGUGACCGUCUACACAAAUGGAAACGCGGAGCUAGGAGAAGGCAUACGAAACAUCCUGUCAGGUCGAGGGGAUGAGGAUAUCCAGGUUAUCGACCGCCAAAUCACACUUUUAAGCAAGGACCCUGAAAGUUCGGGUAUCCGCAUUCAACUUGACAACGGCGAGAUAGAGACAAAGAACUUCCUCGUCCACCAGCCGGAUACAAGAGUCAAUCCGGAAAUCGUGAGUCAAUUGGAAUUGGAAAUUAAUGAUAGAGGGGACAUAGUCACUAGAAUGCCCUUUUAUCAAACUAACGUUUCAGGGGCAUUCGCCGCUGGUGAUUGCGCAAGUCCUUUCAAGAUGAUACCAAAUACUAUUUUCCAAGGCUCUAACGCGGGAGCGGGCAUUGCGCGGGAGUUACCAAGGAGGGUGACUGGGCAUGAAAUUGACCGGCUGAAUAAGGAAAAGCAAUUUUGGCACUGGAAGCUACCCACUUCGACGGAAUCCUGGGACGCCUCCGCGGCCGCCCUUCUCAAAACCGCCUCGGAAGGCCCAACUACAACUCUCAAUAAAGCGCUCCUCGAAAAAAUAAAUGUGAUUCUACCCUUCUCCUCGUCCACCGGCAUCUUCGACACUGGGUGUGGCGUGGGCCAAGUCCUCGGCAGCCUUCUAAAUACCUACGGCGCCGCCCUUCCUCCAGAUGCACGCCUCGUAGCCGCGGACCUGAGCCCCGGCAUGAUUGAAAUUGUGAACGAGCGCAAGGCUUCCGAGGUGGCCGGCGGGAACGACAUCUGGAAGCGCGUCGAGACAGCGGUUUGGGACGCGCAGGACCUCGCGGCGGCCGGCGUGCCGGACCAGAGCUUCAGCCACGUCACGGCGGGGUUGUUGCUGCUCAUGGUCGAGCGGCCGCAAGACGUUUUGGCGGAGACUAGGAGGGUGAUGAAGAGCGGAGGCGUGUUCGGGAUGACGAGUUUUCGGUCGGUCGCGUGGAUGGACUUGAUCGAGGAGGCGCUGGCCGCGGUUCGUCCGGGAACAAAACUACCCCCCCUCCCUGCCGCGUGGGCGUCUGUCGAGAGGAUUAGGGAGCAGCUCGAGGGGGCUGGGUUCAGGGAUGUGCUCGUGGAGGAGGUGCAGACGUUCUACGAGUUCGAGGAUCCGGAGGCCAUGACUAGAUUCAAUGUUGCGAAUAUCCCGUCUGUUAAGAUGGUGACAGCGGAUAUGACUCAGGAUGAGGUGGAGAAGGCGAUACGGUGGAUGCUUGAGUGGCUAGGAGAUAGGUUUCCGGGGGGUAGGGGGAAGCUGGAGGGCAUCGCGAUUAUUGCUACAGGAAGAAAGUGA